AAAAUUGGUGACUUGCGCCCCGCCGACGCGUUCAAGCUGUAUAUGGCAAGAGUCGACCCUAACUUAGUGCACGCCUGCGAGAUUGCCCUUGACAUAGACCCUGUCCUGCUGAGGCGACUGGAAAGCGUACAAUUCAAGUUCGUUCGUCGCGCGCUCGGCCUCUCGUCACGAUCACACACAGCAGUGCUCUUCACGGAGACUGGCCUGAUGCCGCUACGUCACCGCCGAGUUAUCCUUGCGCUCCGUUACCUCGUCCACCUCCUCACCAUUCCUCGCGGUCGCUACGCAUCUUUGGCGUUAUACAAAUCCUUCGAGCUUGCCAACGCCAACGUCCAAUGCUGGAUAUCGGACAUUCGUAUCGUUCUAGCGGCGUUA